AACGAUCGCAACAUGUCGUGAUUCUUACAGACUUUGAUAUAUUUCAUUUGGACAUUCUUCAAGCUAUACCGAUCAUGGGAGAUGACUCCGACACUGAUAUCAAACAAGAGAUAGUUGAUACAAUCGCGUAUGACCCAAAAGACAAUGGUUUGAAGGAGCCACGUUCUUGCAGUUUUAAUUUAAUUUCCAAAGAGUGCAAUGAGCAGAACGAAUAUCCAAAAUUUAGACGAGGUUUAAAAAUUGCAGAAAAGUUAAGAAAAAAACGUUUAUUGGUUGUAAACAAUCAUCGGCGGAACUUUACGGGCAGCGGCAACUCGAGCGAUAUCAGAGCGUCGUUAAACGAACAGGUACAAGAAUUAUUAAAACUUAGAAAGGAGUAUCUAAAACAGCCUAAUAUAUACAAUAAUCAAACAAGAAGAUUAGAGAGCCUCGGUGAAUAUUUCGACAAUAUUAUGAAUAUCAAGAAAAAGCAAAACGCAAAUCAUACGACGACCAACAUUUUAAAUCAAUCAGAAGAUGAAACAAAAGAGAGCGGCUCUGAAGACUUAAAGAAACAACUGGACUCCAACCAGCCGGAAAUAGAGGUUGAAGUUGAAAUUAAUGAGGGAAAUGAUGAAGCGAAUUCGACAUUAAACGGAAGAAGAAUUCUCGGUAUACCUACAAUACCUACGAUAAAACCAAAAUAAGAAAAAAAUAUUUUCACUAGAUUUUUUUUUCUUUUUUUUGUUUUAACGUUAAUCGUCCAACAAGCAAACGCAUAUUAUUAUAGUGAUUUACACUUUAAUAUUAUAAUAUAUAUAUA